UCAUCGCCGGUCAAACGUCGGUCGAAAAUUAUUGCAUUUUCUUCGAUUUGCAAGACCAAUUCAAUCCCACCGCUAUGAGCGACGUCCAGCCAACUCGGGACCUUCCGACGUCGGAUGUGGGCGCCGAAGACGAAGAAACCCUGCUCGCUCGCCAUCGCAAGGAGAAAAAGGAUCUGCAGGCCAAGGUCCAGGCUCUCAAAAAGGCUAAAGUGGACAAAAAGAAGAAAAAGGAACAGCAGGAUGAAAUCGCCCGGUUGGAAGCGGAUCUGGAAGCCCGGCAUGCCGAUGAGCUGAACAAGUUUAAUUCUUUGAAAAUCAGUGAAACCGCCGGUGCGGUCGAAGUGCUACAUGAAAAUAAGGCGGAAGCUGACGACGCCGAAAGCGAGGAAGUGGAACAACCGAAAGUCUCCAAAGCCCAACGAAGGCGGGAGAAAAAAUCUCAGGAUGAUAAGAAACGGCAGGCGCAGAUCAAGGCGGAGGAAGCACUGAAUAAGAACUCUCCUCGGAUCUUGGAGGACAAAAAGAUAGCGGAGAUACUGUCCAAACGGGGGCUGGUGAGUUUCGCUGUUCCUGCCGAUGGCGAUUGCCUGUACAAUGCCGUGAAACACCAGCUCGCCCGGAUAGGGGUUUGUGAGUACGAAACGACCGAUCUAAGGCAGAUGACGGCCGACUAUAUCGAGGACAACAAGGACAGCAUUAUUUUCUACAUGACCAAUCCGGACACGGGAGACAUCCUGAACGAGGAUGAAUUCCGCAAGUACUGCCAUCAGGUUAGAAACACCAAAUCGUGGGGAGGGGAGAUUGAGGUAAAGGCACUGUCUAGUAGUUUGAAAUGUCCGAUCGAGAUAAUCCAAGCGAGUGGGACGUCGCCCGUCCACGGGGAAGGAGAGGAUCCAAGCCGGAAGUUGGUGCUGACCUACCAUAGGCAUAUGUACCGUCUGGGGGAGCAUUACAAUUCGACUAUGGAACCGGCCGCGGCCGGUGAUGAUGAGGAAGACGAGGAGGAUGAAAGUUAAGGUAGGUUGGAAUUUUUCUUAUCUUUAUAAUAUAUGAGAUGAUAAAAUUAUUGUACAUGUGUCA